GCUUCAGACUCCCGGCGCCAUUUAGCGCGGAGAGUUUCCCUGGCGGACGCGGCUCUCUUCGUUCGGCCUCUCCGCACCCCCAUCUCCGGUGACAGAAGGCGCCUGGUGGGGGUGACUACUCCCUUCUUUUCCUAUCUCUUUCACUCAGUCCUCUCGAUCUUCUCUAUUCUUCAUCCAGAGAAGCAGCGGAGCUCGGGCCCGUGGCGAGCGGCCCUCCCCUCCCCACCGUUCCCUCCCUCCGUCAGUCCCCCGGCACCGGCCCGGGAGGAGCCGAGGGUUUGCCAGGCCCGAGGUGGGCGGGGAGGCCUCGGGGAAGGGGGGGCCCCGCUCCUCAGGCGCUGAGGCUUCGAGGCGCUGGCCCUUCCCGUUGGGGCAAUGGGCGCCCUGUGAGCCUCGCCCCCAAGUUGGGGGCGCGUGUGGAAAGAGGCGGCGCACCGACCGGCCGGAGCCCCCGGCCCGGCCUCCCCUCGCGGUCCUCGGCCCCUCCCACUCUCUCUGCCCUGGAGCCGCCACCGCCCGGGCGUCGGUGCUCGUCCCGUCCUCGCCGUGCCGCCGCCCUCAGGGCCUAGCCCACCAAGUCGGGAGGCGGCGGCGGAGAGGAGCUGGAGCGGUCGCCGCAUCCGUUUCGCCUCGGCGCCGGCUGCUUGCCCUACCCCUCAUGACUGCGGCGCCGCCGCCGCUACUGCCUUCCCGGCCGCCCCUCGCCGCAGGAUGGAUGCGGACCGUGAGGCGCUAACCCCCGUGGCUCAUCUGCUGGAUCGCCCGCCGACGAGCCCGCCCUGUGAUCCGCAGCAGCCUCGGAGUCAGCAGCCGCCGCAACUGGGCCCAGAGUCCCGCCUCUCCUUCGGGGCGGCUUGUCAGUGCUGAGGAGCCGUUCCGGCCGAUCCGAGCCCGCCGGGCCGAGGAGCGGUAGCAGCGGUGCCCUCCAGACCGUCACCACUCUUCUGGGUCGGCCCUUCACCCUCGUUUUCAUUUACAAAUUCGAGCUCGCUCGCCCCUCUCCAGCGGACCAAACAUGUCUGGCGGCGCCGCAGAGAAGCAGAGCAGUACUCCCAGCUCGCUGUUUCUUUCGCCGCCGGCGCCUUCCCCCAAGAAUGGUUCCAGCUCCGAUUCCUCCGUGGGGGAGAAGCUGGCGACGGCGGGGGCCGACGCUGGGACUGGCAGGACCGAGGAGUACCGGCGUCGCCGCCACACUAUGGACAAGGACAGUCGUGGGGCGGCGGCGACCACGACUACCACGGAGCAUCGCUUCUUCCGCCGGAGCGUCAUCUGCGACUCCAAUGCCACCGCGUUGGAACUGCCUGGCCUUCCUCUUUCUCUUCCCCAGCCCAGUGCCCCCGUGGUUGUUCCGCAGACUACUCCACCAGAGCCGCACCGGGAGGAGACCUUGACUGCCGCCGUCGCUUCCCAGCUCUCCCAGCCGCCUGCAGCAGUCGCCGCCGCCGCAGCCCCCGGGGAGCCCGCCGGCGGGAGCGCUGCCGCCUCCACUGCCCCCGGCAGUACCAGCAGCGACCGUCCGGCUGCCCAGCCCAACCAUGUGGGGAGCAAAGAGGAGCCUCCAUCGGGGAGAAGUGGCAGCGGCGGCGCCAGGGACUCGCAGGAGGAACGGAGCCAGCAACAGGAUGACAUCGAAGAGCUGGAGACCAAGGCUGUGGGGAUGUCCAACGACGGCCGCUUUCUGAAAUUUGACAUCGAAAUUGGCAGAGGCUCUUUUAAGACGGUCUACAAGGGUCUGGACACUGAAACCACCGUGGAGGUCGCCUGGUGUGAACUGCAGGAUCGCAAGUUAACAAAGUCUGAGAGGCAGAGAUUUAAAGAAGAAGCUGAAAUGUUAAAGGGUCUUCAGCAUCCCAACAUUGUUCGAUUCUAUGAUUCCUGGGAAUCCACAGUAAAAGGAAAGAAGUGCAUUGUUUUGGUGACUGAACUUAUGACAUCUGGAACACUUAAAACGUACCUGAAAAGGUUUAAAGUGAUGAAGAUCAAAGUACUAAGAAGCUGGUGCCGUCAGAUCCUUAAAGGACUUCAGUUUCUUCAUACUCGAACUCCUCCUAUUAUUCACCGGGAUCUUAAGUGUGACAACAUCUUUAUCACUGGCCCUACAGGCUCAGUCAAGAUCGGAGAUCUAGGUCUGGCAACUCUGAAGCGGGCUUCUUUUGCCAAGAGUGUAAUAGGUACCCCAGAGUUCAUGGCACCUGAGAUGUAUGAGGAGAAAUAUGAUGAAUCCGUUGACGUUUAUGCUUUUGGGAUGUGCAUGCUUGAGAUGGCCACAUCUGAAUACCCUUACUCAGAGUGCCAAAAUGCUGCCCAGAUCUACCGUCGUGUGACCAGUGGGGUAAAGCCAGCCAGUUUUGACAAAGUAGCAAUUCCUGAAGUGAAGGAAAUUAUCGAAGGCUGCAUACGGCAAAACAAAGAUGAAAGAUAUGCCAUCAAAGACCUUUUGAACCAUGCCUUCUUCCAGGAGGAAACAGGGGUACGGGUAGAAUUAGCAGAAGAAGAUGAUGGAGAAAAGAUAGCCAUUAAAUUAUGGCUACGGAUUGAAGAUAUUAAGAAAUUAAAGGGAAAGUACAAAGACAAUGAAGCUAUUGAGUUUUCCUUUGACUUGGAGAGAGAUGUGCCAGAAGAUGUUGCUCAAGAAAUGGUGGAGUCUGGGUAUGUCUGUGAAGGCGAUCACAAGACCAUGGCUAAAGCCAUCAAAGACAGAGUGUCAUUAAUUAAGAGAAAACGAGAGCAGCGGCAGUUGGUAAGGGAGGAACAAGAGAAAAGAAAGCAAGAAGAGAAGAAUCUCAAACAGCAGAUAGAACAACAAGCAAGUGCUUCCCAGGCAGGAAUCAAGCAGCUCCCCUCUACUACUAGCACUGGGGUACCUACUGCCUCCACCACUUCAGCUUCAGUUUCUACGCAAGUAGAACCUGAAGAACCUGAGGCAGAUCAACACCAACAACUACAGUACCAGCAACCUAGUAUAUCUGUGUUAUCUGACGGGACAGUUGACAGUGGUCAGGGAUCUUCUGUGUUCACAGAAUCCCGAGUAAGCAGCCAACAAACAGUUUCAUAUGGUUCCCAACAUGAGCAGGCACAGUCUACUGGCACAAUCCCAGGGCAUACAGCUUCUGUUGUCCAAGCACAGUCUCAACCCCAUGGGGUAUAUCCACCCUCAAGUGUGCCUCAGUCCAUGGUGCAUCCGUGUGGGGGGACCCCAACAUACCCAGAAUCACAGAUAUUUUUCCCAACUAUUCAUGAACGUCCAGUUUCUUUUUCACCACCUCCCACCUGUCCACCGAAGGUAGCCAUUUCCCAGCGGCGUAAGAGCACCUCCUUCCUGGAAGCCCAAACUUGCCACUUCCAACCCCUGCUGAGGACUGUCGGCCAAAAUCUUCUUCCACCUGGUGGCAGCCCAACUAACUGGACACCAGAGGCUGUAGUUAUGUUGGGUACUACAGCCAAUAGAAUAACUGGAGAGCCAUGUGAGAUACAGGUUCAUCCUGUGUUUGAACCAACUCAAGUUUUCAGUGACUAUAGACCUGGACUAGUACCUCCAGAAGAAGCUCACUAUUUUAUUCCUCAGGAAGCAGUGUAUCUAGCUGGGGUACAUUACCAGGCCCCAGUGGCAGAACCGUAUGAGGACAUUGCGUACAACUCACCAGUACUGUCAAGUCCAAUGAAACAGAUAACUGAACAGAAGCCAGUACAAGGGGAACCUAUCUCAAGUUCUGUCUUUGAAUUUCCAUCUGGACAGACUUUCCUGCUAGGACACCUUGAGAAUUUAAGAUUAGAUUCUGGACUGAGUCCAGGAUCUCCCCUUUCUAGUAUUUCUGCACCUAUCUCUACAGAUGCGACACGUUUGAAAUUUCACCCUGUCUUUGUUCCUCAUUCUGCACCUGCCGUGUUAACUCAUAGCAAUGAGGGCAGAAGCAAUUGUGUAUUUGAGUUUCAUGUUCACACGCCAAGCUCCUCUUCAGGAGAAGGAUGUGGAGUUUUAUCUCAUCGUGUUUACCGAAAUCAACAGGAUACAGUGGACUUGAAUCAGGAAGAACUACCUCCUCAGUCAGUUGGAUUACGUGGCCGUCUGCAGCCUGUGACUGAAGAACAGAAUAAUUACCAUGUCCCAGAAUUGACCGUUUCUAUGAUAGAGCCUAUCAGACAGAACUGGCCAAUAGGAAGCCCAGAAUAUUCCAGUGAUUCCUCACAAAUUACUUCUUCAGACCCUGGUGAUUUUCAGUCACCUCCCCCUACAGGGGGAGCAGCUGUACCAUUUGGCUCUGACGUCUCAUUACCCUUUAUCCAUCUGCCUCAGACAGUGUUACAAGAAUCCCCACUUUUCUUCUGUUUCCCCCAAGGAACCACAUCUCAGCAGGUUUUAUCUGCCUCAUUUUCUUCAGGAGGAUCUGCACUGCAUCCACAGGCUCAGGGACAGAGCCAGGGUCAGCCAGCCUCAAGUAGUUUAACAGGGGUUCAAUCUUCCCAACCCAUACAACAUCCUCAGCAGCAUCAGGGAAUACAGCAGACAGGCCCCCCUCAACAGACAGUACAGUAUUCACUUCCACAGACAUCAACCUCCAGUGAGGCUACUAUUGCACAGCCAGUGAGUCAACCUCAAACUCCACAGGUCUUGCCUCAAGUAUCAGCUGGAAAACAGGGCUUCCCACCUCGACUGCCACCACAAUACCCAGGAGAUUCAAAUAUUGCUCCCUCUUCCAACGUGGCUUCUGUUUGCAUCCCUUCUACAGUACUAUCUCCUCCUAUGCCCACAGAAGCAUUGGCUGCACCAGGUUACUUUCCUGCAGUAGUGCAGCCAUAUAUGGAAUCAAAUCUUUUGGUUCCUGUGGGUGGUGUAGGAGGACAGGUUCAAGUGCCCCAACCAGCAGUGAGUUUAGCGCAACAAGUCCCCCCUACAUCCUCCCAGCAAGCAGCUCUGGAGAGUACUCAAGGAGUCUCUCAGGUUGCUCCUCCAGAGUCAGUUCCAACAGCACAGCCACAGCCUACCCAGCCUACCCAGCCUACCCCUUUGGUCUCCUCUAUAGAUAGUGCACAUUCAGAUGUUGCUUCAGGUAUGAGUGACGGCAAUGAGAAUGUCCCUUCAUCCAGUGGAAGGCAUGAAGGGAGAACUACAAAACGGCAUUAUCGAAAAUCUGUAAGAAGUCGCUCUCGUCAUGAAAAAACUUCACGCCCAAAAUUGAGAAUUUUAAAUGUUUCAAACAAAGGAGACCGGGUAGUAGAAUGUCAGUUAGAGACUCACAAUCGGAAAAUGGUUACAUUCAAAUUUGACCUAGAUGGUGACAACCCAGAGGAGAUAGCAACAAUUAUGGUGAACAAUGAUUUCAUUCUAGCAACAGAGAGAGAGUCAUUUGUGGAUCAAGUACGGGAAAUUAUUGAAAAAGCUGAUGAAAUGCUUAGUGAGGAUGUCAGUGUGGAGCCAGAGGGUGAUCAAGGAUUGGAGAGUCUACAGGGAAAGGAUGACUAUGGCUUUUCGGGUUCUCGAAAAUUGGAAGGAGAGUUCAAGCAACCAACACCUGUGUCUUCCAUGCCACAGCAAAUAGGUGUUCCUACCAGUUCUUUAACCCAAGUUGUUCAUUCUGCUGGAAGACGGUUUAUAGUGAGUCCUGUGCCAGAAAGUCGAUUGCAAGAAUCAAAAGUUUUCACCAGUGAAAUAUCAGAUGUGGUUGCUGCCUCUACAUCUCAUGGCCCUGGAAUGAACUUGUCUCACUCUGCUUCAUCCCUAAGUCUACAACAGGCCUUUUCUGAACUUAGACAUGCCCAACUGACAGAAGGACCCAGUACAGCACCUCCAAACUUUUGUCAUACAGGACCAACAUUCCCAGUAGUUACUCCUCCCAUGAGUAGCAUUGCUGGAGUCCCAACCACAGGAGCAGCCACUCCUUCAGUAUCAGUCCCUGCAACUUGCAGCCCUCUUAAUGAUGUUUCCACAUCAGUAAUUCAGUCUGAGGUUACAGUGCCCACUGAAAAAGGGAUUGCUGGAGUUGCCACCAGCACAGGUGUAAUAACUUCAAGAGGUCUCCCUAAACCACCUGUGUGCGAGCCACCAGUACUUACCAGUGUGGUUUCAAGCAUCACAGUACCUACAGUUGUUUCGGUGUCUACAGCAUCUCAGUCGGUUCAGGCCCCCACAUCUGGGAACAUUGUUUCUAGUACAGGCACUUUCCCCCCUAUAACAGUUUCCACAUCUUCAGCCCAUGCAGUGGGCAGUGGUACUGCCCCAGGUGCUAAGCCUCUGGCUGUAUUACCUCAGCAGGCUGCAGGCAGUACUGCUGGAGUCACCAUACUAACAUCAGUUUCUACCACCACUUCAUUCCCAAGCCUAGCUUCCCAGCCCUCCCUUCAGCUUAGCAGCAGCAGCUCUACUCCUACACUAGCUGAAACAGUGGUGGUUAGUGCACACUCACUAGAUAAAACAUCUCAUAGCAGUACAACUGGGUUGGCUUUGUCCCUCUCUGCACCAUCUUCCUCUUCCUCCUCUGGAGCAGGAGUGUCUAGUUCUAUUUCUCAGCCUGGUGGAAUACAUCCUUUGGUCCUCCCAUCAGCUGUGGCUUCUACUCCUGUUCUUCCCCAAGCAGCAGGAACUAUUUCUGCACCUUUAUUACCACAAGUACCUAGUAUUCCACCCUUAGUACAACCUGUUGCCAAUGUGCCUGCUGUACAGCAGACAUUAAUUCAUAGUCAUCCUCAACCAGCUUUGCUUCCCAACCAGCCCCAUACUCACUGUCCUGAAAUAGAUGCUGAUACACAACCCAAAGCUCCUGGUAUUGAUGACAUAAAGACCUUGGAGGAAAAGCUGCGGUCUCUGUUUAGUGAACAUGGCUCAUCUGGAGCUCAACAUGCCUCUGUGUCAUUGGAGACAUCACUAGUAGUAGAGACCACUGUCGUGCCAGGCAUCCCAACCACUGCUGUGGCACCAAGCAAACUCGCGACUUCCACUGCAAGUACUUGCUUACCACCAACCAGUUUGCCCUUAGGAACAGCUGGUUUGUCAGUUAUACCAGUGGUCACACCUGGACAAGUUACUACCCCCGUCAGCUAUGUUUCAGCCCCAGCCAGCACAUCAUCAGGAGUGAAGCUUGGAACUGCUUCUUCAAAGCCCCCUUUAACUAAGGCUUCGGUGCUGCCAGUAGGUACUGAACUUCCAGCUGGUACUCCACCUAGCGAGCAGCUGCCUCCUUUCCCAGGACCUUCACUAACUCAGUCCCAGCAACCUCUGGAAGAUCUUGAUGCUCAAUUGAGAAGAACACUUAGUCCAGAGACUAUUGCAUUGACAUCUGCAGUGACAUCUGCAGUUGAUCCUGUGUCCGUUGUGGCUCCAACAGCAGUUGCAGAAGCAGGAGCACAGCCUCAGAAGGAUGUUUCUAAAGGCCCUGUCCUAACAACUAGUUCAGGAGCUGGUGUUUUUAAGAUGGGGCGAUUUCAGGUUUCAGUUGCAACAGAUGAUGCCCAGAAAGAGGGUAAAAGUAAGUCAGAAGAUACAAAGUCUGUUCAUUUUGAAUCCAGCACUUCAGAAUCCUCAGUGCUCUCAAGUAGCAGUCCAGAGAGCACCUUGGUGAAGCCAGAGCCUAAUGGAAUAACCAUUCCUGGCAUCUCUUCAGAUGUGCCAGAUGGUGCCCACAAAACCCUUGCCUCAGAGCCAAAGUCAGAAUCUGGGCAGCCUACCAAGGUUGGACGUUUUCAGGUAACAACUACAGCAAACGAAGUGGGUCGUUUCUCUGUAUCAAAAACCGAGGACAAGAUUUCUGUGACAAAGAAGGAGGGACUGGUGGCAACUCCUCCUUUUACAGAAUUGGAACAAGCUGUUCUUCCUGCUGUGAUACCAAAGAAAGAGACGGCUGAGCUGUCAGAGCCUUCACAUCUGAAUGGGCCUUCUUCUGACCUGGAGGCUGCCUUCCUAAGUAGGGAUAUGGAUGAUGGUUCAGGUAGUCCACACUCCCCCCAUCAGCUGUGUUCAAAGAGCCUUCCUAUCCAGAAUCUAAGUCAGAGCCUUAGUAAUUCUUUCAACUCCUCUUACAUGAGUAGUGACAAUGAGUCAGAUAUUGAAGAUGAAGACUUAAAGUUAGAGCUGCGACGGCUACGGGAAAAACAUCUUAAAGAGAUUCAGGACCUGCAGAGUCGCCAGAAGCAUGAAAUUGAAUCUUUGUAUACCAAACUGGGCAAGGUUCCCCCUGCUGUCAUUAUUCCCCCAGCUGCUCCCCUUUCAGGGAGAAGACGACGACCUACUAAAAGCAAAGGCAGCAAAUCUAGUCGCAGCAGUUCCUUGGGGAAUAAAAGCCCCCAGCUUUCAGGUAACCUAUCUGCCCAGAGUGCAGCUUCAGUCUUGCACCCCCAGCAGACCCUCCACCCUCCUGGCAACAUCACAGAGACUGGGCAGAAUCAGCUGUUACAGCCCGUUAAGCCAUCUCCCUCUAGUGACAACCUCUAUUCAGCCUUCACCAGUGAUGGUGCCAUUUCAGUACCAAGCCUUUCCGCUCCAGGUCAAGGGACCAGCAGCACAAACACCGUUGGGGGAGUAGUGAAUAGCCAAGCCCCCCAGGCUCAGCCUCCCACCAUGACAGCCAGCAGGAAGGGCACAUUCACAGAUGACCUGCACAAGUUGGUAGACAACUGGGCCCGGGAUGCCAUGAAUCUUUCAGGAAGGAGAGGAAGCAAAGGACACAUGAAUUAUGAGGGCCCUGGAAUGGCAAGGAAAUUCUCUGCACCUGGUCAGCUGUGCAUCUCCAUGACCUCAAAUCUGGGUGGCUCUGCCCCCAUUUCUGCAGCAUCAGCUACCUCUCUAGGUCACUUCACCAAGUCUAUGUGCCCCCCACAGCAGUACAGUUUUCCAGCUGCCCCCUUUGGCACUCAGUGGAGUGGGACAGGUGGCCCAGCACCACAGCCGCUGGGCCAGUUCCAGCCUGUGGGAACUGCCUCCUUACAGAAUUUCAGCAUCAGCAAUUUGCAGAAAUCCAUCAGCAACCCCCCAGGCUCCAACCUGCGGACCACUUAGUCAGACCUAGAGACAUUAACUGAGUAGAUUUGGGGGCAGGAAAUGGAAUGCUGAGGGGUGGGGGUGGGGUGGGGGUGGGAAAGUAGCCUAUAUACUAACUACUAGUGCUGCAAUUUAACUGGUUAUUUCUUGCCAGAUGGGAAUGUUUUUAAUACCGCUUUGAGCCCGCAGAAUGGAGAAUCUCUCUCUCCCUCUUCCCCAUUUAUUGGAGUGGUACAAAAAGGAAAGAACAGCUUUCUUGUGAUGGGGGAGCUUCAGACUUUGCUUUCCUGUUUAUAUCCAACAGCGAGGGCUAGGAAAGAGAAUUGUGUUCAUCAGGAAGCCAGUAGAGUGCUCAGUGUAAAACCAAACCCCGUCUGUAUUUUCAAGUGGGUGGAGCUCUAGAUUUUGGUACCCGCCCCAAAUCUCUUACUCCCCCAAGAAUCUAGACCACAAGGGGGGAGGGGGAAAAAAAAUCAACACAGCUAUUGGGCUCUCUCCUACCCUGUCCCCGUCUUUUCUCUUUUUCUUUUUUUUUCUUUUUUUUUUUUAACUCUUAUAGAACCCAGUGAAAAAUACCAGGGGACUGGGGUUGCAACCCUUUCUUAAGAUAGGUCAUUAGUGCUUUAAGCAAAAGAUACUAGCAGCUUUGACUGCAGCAUUAGCAAUUAGGAAAAAAAAUUAAGUUCCCUGCGGACAUGUAACUUUGCCAUCAGUUUUGAUGUGGAAACACUGUGAUAUAUAAAUGUUGUUGGACAACAGUAGUUUUAAGAGUAAAAUACGAAAGAUUUAAAAAGUUAAAAAAAAGCUAGUGCUGUCCUUUACUUAUUGAGACACUUUAACUUUUUCCUUUGUAUUUCCAUUGUAUUAGAAAAAUAAAUGUGAAUGUAAAAUUGUAUAAAUUACUGUACUUGAAUACUUCUGUUCUCCCAGUAUUGCUUGCUGGAUAUUUUAGUGCCUUGGACUUCUAUUGCUUCUGCCACUAGCAUCAAUUUUUCAUCCGACCCCAGAUCAGCAGCAGGCAUGUGGAAGAAAAUUUUAGGUCCAUGUGACCCCAGCCAUGGAUAUGCCAAAGGGAAAUUGAAAGUGUUUUUUUUUGUUUUUUGUUUUUUUUUUAAGUCAUUCAACAAUUUUGUCUAGAGCAGUUGUAAGAUGUGCAGGGUAAGAAGUUAAGUUGACAUCAGUGGUUGAAAGCAGAAAGUUCUGUUUUGGGAACAGAAAGGAGAGGGGUGUUAAAUAACAAAAUUGGGCGAUUUCAAAGAUUAAGGGUGGUGUGUACUAAGUGAAAGAAAAAGAAAGAAGGGGGAGCAACCCUGUUUUGAAGAUAUGUGAUGCUUGGCCAGUGUGUGCCAUAAGCCUUAAGUGUUUGAGCUGGGCUUAGACAGACAAUAUCUAGAGGUAAUGGCUGAGCAUAAGAGGAAGGGGGUGGGAGCUGGUUUUUAAGUUGGAAAAUGUGAUAGUGAAAAGUCACAGAUGGAGAAAGUAGCUCUAAGAAAAACUGUUUGGAUUGCUUUCCUCUUGUUGCACAUGUACCAUGCGUAUCUCAGCUUGGGGUACUGUCUUCUGUAGAAAAUGGACCCACAUCUGAAUUAAGCAUUGUAAGAAAGAACGUGUAUUCCUGUUUCCUAUAUGAUGCCCAAGUGGUUGCAGGAUCUUAAUCUACUGUGCCACCUUUAAUAUUUCUAGAAUUGCAACUGAUAGUCUCAUGUUUUCAUAUAAACAAAUAUUCCCCUUAAAUAAUAACUGUAACCAACCAGUAUUAUUUAGUGCUAUGCCUAGUUGUGAUGAGCAGUUCUAUUAUUUUCAAAGCUUUCAGAAAUGUUCUCCUAAUUGGCUGUGUCAAGGAUCUCUUACCGUUUUUGAAGAUGGAGAAAGAAGUUAAGAUUCCAGGUUUUUGGGUGCUGCUUCUCUUAGCACUUCACUGGGGACAUGGGAAAACGUCUUACCCACCUCAGUGGCACAUCCCAGGAAGUCACCACAAAAUAUAUGAAGAGCCUUGUGGCUCUCUGGAUCCUGUCUGUUCCUUUCUCUUUAUUAAGUUGGCCUAAGUCCCAAAACUGCGAAAUGAGAGCUGAAGGUUUUAGGAAUGUAGAAAUGGAAAGGGCAAGGGUUCGAGGCCUUGCUUUAAAAAUUAUUUAUUUUCUGCUUGUAGUUCUUGGGGAGGGGGUAAGAGUAAGGCUAGACAGAGAAGGUGCCAAGUAAAUGAGAAAUUGACCACCUAAGAUGAAUGAAAGGAAACAAUACUUUCUAACAGAGAAACGAGGGAGCCAAAUGCAGCACAUUGUUGUUUCAUUAUUGUGGUUUAAUAAUUUUGAGAUCUCUUCACUCACACACAGAAAGAACUGGUUUUAUUUACUGUUGAUUUUUUUUCCCUCUUGUGGAUGAAAUAACUGAAGCCUAAAGGAAUGAAUUAGUGCUACUGAACUGUUUAUUUUUGUGUUAAUAGUACACUUUGAGUAUCUUUUUCCACUUUAAAAAAAAUCUUUCUGAAUUAUAAAUGUUUUCCUUACAUUAUUUAACAAUGUACACUGUUUAAAAAAAAAAACAAACAAAUAAAAUGAAUUCAAACCUUGGGGGUUUCUCGGCAGCCGUUAAUUGUACAUUUUGCACUAACUCUGGGUGUUGCGCUUCUUGUAAGGUUGCGCUUUGUGCUUCCGUUUGUUACCUUUGUAGAUUUAUUUAAUGAAACCAUUCAAAUAAACCAAACUUGCUUUUGUUGA